UUCGCGGCGAAAGUAGCAAUCUGACGUUGCGGAAACGAGAGAGGGUCCCCUUCGCUUAGCUUAAGGAAAGGACCGCAGCCGCAUCGCGUCACCACGAUACCCGCCGAAUAGUGAGCGAUCGCCUGCUACUUACACGAGCGCACACAGUGACGAGAAGACAGUAACGGAGACGGCGUGAUUUCUGGGCGUGUAUAGCGAUGGCGACCGACAUCGUGAAUGAGUCACUGACGGCUCCUUUGUUGUGGCCAACUGGAGUAAGCUUCUUCGAAAGGCUAUGGUCGCACAGGGAUCCCCGGGUCAAAGAGUGGGGCGGCAUAACGGACGCCCGGUUCAUGUUCCCGCUACUGGCCGCCUACGUCUACUUCGUCAAGAUCGGUGGUCCCCGCUGGAUGAAGGACAGGCCCGCGUUCGAGCUCAAGGUUCCCAUUCUAGUCUACAACCUGUUCAUGGUGAUUGCCAACGCACUGUUCGUGGCUAAGUUCCUCAAGCACUCGUACAUCGGCGGCGGGUACAGCUUCUUCUGCCAGGGUAUCGACUACUCGGCCGUUGACGAGAACACCACGACCCUUCUGACGACAGCGUGGUGGUACGCGUUCGUCCGGAUAGGCGACUUCCUGGACACCAUAUUUUUCGUGCUGCGCAAGAAGAACUCGCACGUCACUUUCCUGCACGUCGUCCACCACUUCCUGGUCGUCUUCGACUGCUGGAUUUGGAUGAACUUCGGCCACGACGGCCAGGUCAUUCUGGGUGUGUGUGUGAACGCGUCCGUCCACGUGAUAAUGUACGCCUAUUACUUUCUGGCCGCUCUGGGACCGGAGGUUCGCAAACACCUCUGGUGGAAGCGGUACCUAACCACCAUCCAGAUCGUCCAGAUGGUCUGCGUCGUGAUGCACAUGCAAAUUCCGCUCUUCUACGACUGCGGCUAUCCGAGCGCCUUCUGCAUCAUCGAGAUUCUGCAAUUGUGCUUCGGCAUAGCGCUGUUCGUGAACUUCUACUUGAAGACCUACAAGUCGCGGAGCAGCGGAGUUUCGGACGCAGCGAAGGCGCGUAAGACUGAGUGAGUUUUUAGACGCGAAUGGCCUUUCAUUCGAUGUGCGAACAUUUCAGUGACCUUUCGCGUCGUGCAUUUCUGACGAGCUUCCUGUAUAUUGGGAGCAGCGUGGAAUAUUUUUUUUUUGCCCCUGAAUAUUUGUGCGCUGUCUAUUUUGACGGCGUAUUCAUACGCUUCUCCCUGCAUGUGAGAUCACCUGUUAACAUUCGCGACGUAGUGCCCGCGAAGAUGAAGUGUUUGAUGUCGCCAUUUUAUCAUUACAACUGAUUAACGAGAAUAUGGGUGUCACCUACCCUCCUUUGCAAAAGGCCAAGCUACGUGAACACAUAACAAUCGUUUAUUGAGAAGAAA